AUGUCUAACGUGGUUUGUCUUAUUGAUAACGCGAAAUUGCAUUGCAUAUUCGACUCGACUCGCAUAAAUUAUUUUACCGUUUUUAGUUAUUUAUGUCAUUUUAUGCUGGUAGUGUUAUUGUAUUUCAGGUAUUUUCAUCUACAAAAUUUGCAUGAGAAAAGAAGAGAAAUUGGCAAAGAAAACGCAAGGAAACAGAAAAUAACAGAAGAGUUGAAGAAAAUCUGCACACCGAAGGCUGUCAUGUGGCCCUCGCCUCGCAACUUAAAGUCGUGGAUCCCGCCACGCUUUCUGUGGCCACCGCCACAAGCUCCUAAAGGCAAGCCCAGGUAUCUUGUUUCUCUCCCACGUCAGAGCACGAAAACGAGUUGGCCCUAUUUUUUCUCCGCAAGACCAGGCCUCCCUGAAACUUCUCCAUGA